GGAUGACAUAGGAUAAUAUUGAUAAGCCUUCAGUCCGAUUCUUCCGCGGUCCUUUUCACUCGAGUCCCGCGGGACCGUACCACGUGACAUGACCCUAACAACAGCUUGUUGAGUUCAAGACUUCGUGAAAAAUGGACUCGACAAAUUUCGAGAACACAAAAUAGCCAGGCAUAAAUUGAUUCAAACCCUCCACAAUGAAGCCAAAUACGAGACUUUCUUGAUGCCUUAUCGUCCAUUUGUCGCUACUUCCAAGAAGGAAGGAAGAAUGUCGUAUUCUCUAGCUCCAUCAAGAAGUCAAAUUCCUCCGCUCCCCGUCAGCUUUCCAAAGAUUUCUUUAGGAAGGGAUGGAAAUGUCAGCUUUUCUCGACCGAUAUUUCAUUCGCGGAUCCCCGUCAAGGUUUCAACGGUUUCUCUUGUGGGAAGACAAGAAAAAACAAGAACUGCCCCAAGUGCAGUCACAGAUAUGACAGACGAAAACACGAACUACGCAAGUUUAGAGGAGUGCCUGGACUCAAGACCCCCUAUGAGGUUAGACAUGAGUGGGCCCAAGCCUACAACGUAUGAUCCUCCAACAAAACUGCCAUGGGAAACACAGGCGCCGGCCUACACCAUGAGACCCAAGACACAACCUGAGAAAGAUUCCGGGGGUGAUCGUGUGGCAUGGAAAAAGCAGUGGAUGGCAAGCCCUGAUAUCUGGACAUAUCGUGUGGACUUUGACAACAGGGUGACAUGGCCAUCACCAGCAGACUAUCAGGCCAGACCAACCCUUGGUAAUACCCACAUCACACUGCCCCAGUCGCCGGCACAUUCCAUGGGCAGGAGACAGGCUUUUGUGAUUGGAAGGAAAGGUGCAGAUAAGGAACCUUCUCCCAAUCAGUACAACCAUGAUAUAGCGAAGGCUAAGGUGUUGAGGAGAUUCCCAUCAUACACCAUUCAGGAGGGAAGGCGAGGGGGGACCAUGGUCUGGACUGCAAGAGAGCCUGUCCCUGGGCCAGGAAGCUACAACCCUCGUUCCUAUACCACAAGCAGCAAACGGUGUGCUCCUUGCUUCUCAAUCAGUCGUAGCUCAAGAACUAUCGGCCUCACUAGGAACUGUACCCUCUGAACAAGUGAAGAGGCGGGCGGAUUGCAUGACAAUAUGUCCACGAUAGCGUGACUCCCUACACGCUUUAGUUGAAUCCUGAAGUUGAACCUUUAUUACAAGUGAAGAGGAGACAGGCCGAUCAAUACAAUAGGCUUGUGGUAGCGUGACAUUCCACACGAUAGCGUGAGAGUUGAGACCUCAAACUUUCAAAAGAAAUGAAAAGCAGUUCAAGGUAGUGUCGAGACAGGCGGAUUGCGUGACAAUACAUUAUGUUCACGUUGGUUUGACAUGAACAGUGAAGACCUUAAACUUUCAAAAGAGACAACAAUAUAUAACAAACCAUAGGAAACGCAAGAAGAUUCUAUGAUAUUUAAAAAAUCCAUUGGUUGAAUACACUCUUUUUUUUAUAAGAACCUUUUUUGUAAGAAAGUCCAGCCAGAGAUUUGAGCAAAUUUUGAGAACAUAUACCAUAUAUUUCCUUCUUUUUUUUUCCUGAUGCGUUCAAAAAUGCAGAAUUAAAUUGUGCUCAUAAUAACAACCUUAUUAUUGCUAUUGAUCAUUAGUACAAUUCUCUUCCUGAUAAUUCAUUUGGUAUUAUAUUCUUAUAUACACUAAAAUUUAAGAACAUCGUUAAGAACAUAUUCAGCCUUAAAAUGUCCCAUGAAGAACGGUCCAGCCUCAACUGAAAAUUAGACGUUCUUAUAAAAAAAAAAGAGUGUAAUUUGUGUGUAGGGCGAGGAGCUCGUCGACACUUUGUCACGGCUACGGAGUGUACUUGGAUCAUACAAGGUAUCCAUAGUGUAAUACCGCUGUACAGAAUUUAAACAUGCAUUUCAUUUUCUAUUGAA